AUGCUGGCACGGCUUGUAGAUGAUCUAAUUAAAAAUCCCAUCUUCAGACAAGGCUUCAGGCCUGAGCUUACAUCCGGUAAAAACAGUGUCAACUUGAAGUUUCUGAAAGUUGUUUGCAGAAACGAUACUGAGGUUUUCUCUGCUGACGGUAGUCAAAUUCGCUGCAGUUAUAUCCAAGAAAGUGGUUCGUACAGCAUAUUGGACAACCCUUAUAGCGACUCGGAUGUCAGCCAUUUGUCUUUGAGCAGUCUGGGAAAGUUUUUGGCUUCUUUGAGUGGGAAUGGGAACAACGUGAUUACUGUUUUCGCCCUUCCUGAUUUUUUAUCACCCCAAAAUGGCAGAGUAAAAGUGAAGCCACUUAAACUUGAACCUUUACCAGCAGGAAUCAAUAAGAUGGUUUGGCACACAGCCAUGGCACAAGAUGCUGGCUUGGUGGUGUUGACCAACGAGUCUAAGAUUUAUCUUUAUGACUUACUAAAGCCUACGUCCAAACCUCAACUCGCAGUGGAUUUGACUAAAAGUCCUAGCUUCUCGGCUGAAACCGCAUCUUCAUUAUCCUUUGGAUCAGAAGCGUCACUUUCUGGUGCCUUAACCUUAUACAUCACCACGAACAGUGGAAAAAUAUUCGCUCUAUACCCUUUCAUCAACAGCUUGGCAAACAUUGCAACUACACAAUCCAGCGUCAAAAUCGUGAUGAAUGAUACUAAAGAUAUACUACAGAAAGUUGAGAAGGACUUGAGUACGAUGAAUAUCAACGAAGCAGUUAAUAAGCGCCCAUUAUGGCACUCUAUCUUUGGCCAAUACACUUUCUAUUCUUCUUUGUGGGCUCAAAUUGCAGAUGGAAACCCUCUCAAGAUAGAGAAGCGUCGUAAAAGUGAUUUGAGAUUGGAAGAGUUAGCGAUCCUAGGAGUAAAACUUCCACAUGAUUUCAGCCCGGAGGUUCAGGGUCCAUUAUUUUCAUCGCAAGGGCUGAACAACAUCUCCGAUAUUGCACAUCUCUCGAACAAUGAGAACCUCUCAUACCUAAUGACUGCAACUAUUGAGAACAACAAAGUAAAGUUGGACCACUUUGUACAGUUUUUACCAAUGAUCAUGAAGUUUGGUAACAGCGAACAAAGAUUUCAGCUGCAACCAAAAAAGGACACAAAUGCACCAAAGCCGACAACCAACAAAUCCCGUGGUUACGCCAAACCAAAGCGAGGGUUUGGAUUUGUUGAUCUUGACGAUGCUCCUUCGUCUCAACCUGAGCCAAGCGACGCCGAAAUCACCAGGAACAAUUUUGACUUGGAACAAACUUAUUGGUCUAAAAAUUUCGUCAAUAUCACCAGAGUUGGCAGCAGAACUAUCCUGGAGCCUGCAAUAGGUGCAUCAUUAACCACUUACAAUUCUGGCCAGUGCUACAUCUUGAGGCUCCCUCGCAAACUAUUAAUAAGUACCAACACCGAAUGGCCCGAUUUCAUUUCAAGAAAGAUCGAGCUCGAUGGCAAGCCUCUGCCUAUUCCAAGCGACAACUUAACAGAAAUUUCGUCUCGUGAGGAUAUAAUCUCCUGCUCAUAUGUCAAUGAUAAAAUAGACUCAAACUGGGGAGCAGUUGUUUCACUUUCCAAAUCUUCUUCUGAAAAUUUGAAAGUUGUUGGAAUCGAAAAACAAUCAAUGGUACUGAGAGAAAGCACACCAAUGAAUCAAGCGCCACAAGAGGAACCAAAGCGGUCGGUAAGCUAUAAAUUACCGAUUUUACAACAGGAGCCUUUCUCGCAGUUAGAAUCUGAGAUUCAGGUUCUCAAGUCGCACAUAGCCAACAUCUCAGGGCUUAGUGUGCCCAAAAAUGUGCUUAAGAAUGCGGACGGAAGUACAUUGAAGUCGCUCUCAGAAGCUUCCCUGAAAGUUAUUGAGAAAACGAUAAGAAUUACUGCGCAUGCCGUCAACUUGAAAUUAAGGAUAGAGACUGACAUUGCAAAUCUUAAAAACCAAAUCAAACUUCUCACGGAGACAAAAGAACAGCAAGAUGCGUUGAGCAAAGCUUUGGAAGCAUCUUCGACCUUGGUCAAGCUUGAGGACCGACAUGAGAGAUUAACUGAAAGGAUACAGGCAUUGGAGAAGAAAAUUGAUGAAGCAAUCAGACAAUUAUCCUACAAGGAAUCGAUGCCCUUGUCCAAGGAGGAAAAGCUGUGGAUAAGAGAGGUAAACGGAAUUAACGCACUUCUAAACAACGCAGGAGAAGAUAGUCUUGCUCUGAAAAUUGAGGAUCUCAAGGUUCAGGUUACUGCACUUUCUCAAAAUGAACACAGUGCAAAUGAGCAUCUUACAGAUGCUGAAAUUCAAAAAAGGCAAAAUAGCAUUAUCUUGGCCAAAUUGAGUUUGUGGCUACAAAACGAUCUGGAGAAACUUGAUGAAGUAAAGCAAAGCGUUACCGAUUGCAUUCGACGUUUACGUAUCUAG